CACAUAUACAAAAAUUUUAUCUAAAAGAUGGCAACGAUUUGUCAACAAGAGCGAACUUUCGUCUGUGCUAUCUAUAGAUCGUUGAAUUUUAAACAGAACGUAAACCACAAGAAAUGUGAUGAAAAUUGUAAAACUCGACGAAGAAUGCUAACUGAUAGAAAAAGUUUAUUCUCCUAUAAAAAAUUAUAAUUUAUAUCGAAUUCACGAUUUUGCACACUACGAUACAAGUGUGACGUUUACCAAAAUGGCACUACAAGAAGAUGAAAACACCUGGGUAUUGGAGCUAGAAGCAGCUUUACUUGAUACAGAAGCACCAUCAGCAUCCGACAUUUACGCAAUUUGUAAGGGACAAGCUGUUCCUGCAAAUUUAAGACAUGAUGUAUGGCAAGCAUGUUUAGAUGUUAUCGAUCGGGGUAAUCAAUUAAGUCAAUUUAAUGAAGUUUUUGAUUUACCAGAACAAAAUAUUAUACGUGAUGAUUGCCAGCAAUUGGUUGCAAAACUAGGAAAUGAUGAUGAAGACAAAGUUUCUGUUGUUUCUGAUUUAGAGUCUAUUUUAACAUUUUAUUGUAAGAGUAAAGGGAAACAGUAUAAGAGAGGAAAUGGCUGGAUAGAGCUGUUGGGCCCCUUAAUAGCUUUAAAACUUCCACGAAGUGCAACAUAUAAUUUAUUUGAAGCAAUAAUAGACUUUUAUAUACCUAGAGGUGAAACAUACAGUUCUGUAUUAAGACUAUUACUACUCUAUCAUGAACCAGAAUUAUGUUCUUUCUUGGAUACAAAAAGAGUAUCUCCUGAUCAAUAUACAAAAGGAUGGGUAACUACGCUAUUUGCUGGUGUAUGUUCAUUGCCAGCUGUUUGUACAAUGUGGGAUCUAUAUUUCAUGCAAGCUGAUCCAUUUUUUAUGUUAUUUCUUUCACUUAUCAUGGUAAUAAAUGCUAGGGAGCAAAUCUUAAGUAUGAAAGAUAAUGAUAAACAAAGUAUAAUAGACGCGAUUGCUGCUAUGCCCUGUGCAUUGGAAGCGGAAGAUGUGACAGACUUUUGCUCUUUGGCACAGUAUUAUGCAAUGAAGACACCAUCAUCUUUUAAACAAGAUUUGUAUCCUAUUAUAUUUGGCGAUGGUUUCGAUGAAAAAUGUAUAUCUCAUGCGCUUUGUUUACCCGUAUCAGCCCAAGAAUUAGUUGAAAAUUCGAUCGAGAGUCCGUCCAUACCUAAUACCUCGGUUGAAUCGGUCAAGUUCUUUUUAGUAGAUUGUAGACCUGCUGAACAAUACAAUGCAGGACAUUUACCAACUGCAUUUCAUCUAGAUUGUAAUUUGAUGCUUCAAGAACCUGCUGCUUUUGCCACAGCAGUGCAAGGAUUGUUGCAAGCGCAACGCCAAGCAUUAGCGGUUGGAUCGCAAGCUGGUGGUGAACAUCUUUGCUUUUUAGGGAGUGGUAGACAAGAGGAAGAUCGUUACACGCAUAUGGUAGUUGCAUCUUUUUUACAGAAACAUACCCAAUAUGUUAGUAUGGUUACAUCAGGAUAUCAAGCCAUACACGAAUACUUUGGUGAUGAAGUCGUUUCUAGUCUUGUUGAUCAUAAUUCACAGCACUGUUUAGUAUGCAGUGCUAAUAUUUCGGAGACAAAUUCAAAUGAAACAAGCCCUGUCAAAGUUAAAAAUAAUAAUUCCGAUUUCUUUGGAAAAAUUAAAAAAGUAAAGGGAAAAUUAUUCGAUUAUAUCGUCAAUCCGUCAGCAAGUGUUCAUAAUAACAUAGAAAAUAGGAAUGGCAAGGACUUGGAUUUUGUUAAGCGACAAAAAAAGACAGGCCCUGUAUUUAGUAUAGACGAUGAUCAAGAAUUGGAUAUGACAAUGACAAAUAACGAAAGUGAAGAACCUAUUGAAGUUGUAUCUAUCCAACAGUGGCUGAAGGAUCCAAAAUUGUUACAUUCCUUUAAAUGUCAAGAAGUGAAAGUCAAUGGAGAUUUUUGUGACAGUAUACUUUUGGUUACUGAUACUCAUCUUAUAGUACUUCGAGAAAUACAAGAAAGGAAAGGUGCAGCACAUGUAAUUGUAAAACGUCCGUUGACGAGUGUCGUAAAAAUAACAUCUAGAAAGAGACACUCGGAUUUGAUUACAUUUAAAUACGGUACAACGCAAUAUAACGAUACGGUUAUUUCAGAUAUGGAUAAAUUUCUCAUUCCUAAUGCGAGUGAGGCUACUAAAUUGAUCACGCAACAGAUUUUAAAACAAUUGAAAACAUCAGAUUGAUAUUGAGUACGCGUUGGUACGCGAGUAAUGAAAUUUUAUUCGUUUUAAACAAAUUUUAUCGAGUGAAUAUCCGAAAUGAAAUUUUUUAUUUGUUCGAUCGGCUAGAAUUUUCUUAAUUAAAUGGUACUACAAAUACAACGUGUAAUAUUAGUAUAAUUAAAGAAAAUAGUAUGUGAAAGAUUUUAACGAUAAAUCGAAUGCUUCGUAUAUGAAACUAAUAUAAUGUACCAUCGAUAAAAUGGCUAACACGAUUUGUACUUGGAUUCUAAGAUUUUGGUGGUUUCUACUAAGUCAUUACUUUUAUCAGUUAUAUUUACGCUUACCAUUUUUCUUCACGCAUUUUCUUAAUGUUCUCAAAAAUAUUUUACUUUUAUAAAACUGCAUUUUUCCUAUUGCUUUUUGUAAUAAUAUCAUAUCAAUAUUAAUAAUAUUUGAUUUAGUAUUUACUUUACAUAUGGCUAAACAGUGGCCUUACUAUAAAAAUGAAUAGGAGAGGUAAUGGACUCUGCAAAUCAUUGAUGUGAUUAUCUACGAUGGAGUGUAACGUGCCAUGAAUUAAAAUGUCAUUGAUUCUUUUACAUAAAUAUGAUUCGUAAUGCGAUACCAAUGUUUAUGGAAACGCGAAAUAAUUUACUUCUUUCCCUUACAGGACACUAAAAACUUUGAAUCACAAGCUAAUAUGGCAUUUCAUGCAUACAUAUAUUACUACAUAGUAUCUGUAUGUUAUAAUGAACUGAUAAUUGGUCCUAAUGUAAUACGAUUCAAGAAACAUUAACAGAAUGGUUAUAAUAUUUGCAUUUUAUAGCAUAUAGUCUUGCACUAAAUGUCUUUAUAAAAUAUUUACAGAAGGUACAAAAUAUAUUGAAAAGUAAACAGUUGUAUCACUUUUACAGGCAUACUUAUUACACUGCCUGAUUAUAUUUCGAAGAAUUUUUAAAGUUUACGAUUUAUGAUCUUUCGAACAUAUAUCAUACAAAAAUCUUUCAUAGCGAGAUUUUUCUGUCUUUUUCUCCGGAAUUUGUAUUUAAAAUAUUAAAUAUCUAAUACGAUUUUUCCCGAAUUUAUUGUUAAGACUAUACUGGUAAUAUAUCAAUAGAAAUCAUCCUCAUAAUGAGUUUUCGUGCACACUGUUGCGCUGUCUUUCUGUAAUCCGGGACAAUAUCGUUCGCGACAUACGUUCAUUUUUGUGUAAAUUACGAACACACGUUUCAGUAUGGUUCUAAUUCCACCAUUGUAGAUUACAGAGAUUAUUUAUGAUGUACAUUAGCGUCUAUUCUAUGUUUAAAGAUUAUAAAAACAUAAUUUAAUGUAUACUUAAUAAAACUAUUGAAACUUUUGAUCUUGUAGAUAAUAUAUCAACAUUGUUAAUAUUUGUAACAAUAGUAUCUGUAACAUAUUUCUUGAUACAUAAUAAUGAAUUCUAUGUAUAAUAGAAACUUUUUCUAUUUAUGUGCUUCCACGGCGAAUGAAAAGCAUGAAUGGUGGGAUAGUUGUUACGUAAAAAAUUAUAGAAGUUUAAUAAAUUAUAGUAUAUUGUAAA